CGCCAUCUUUGUACAGCUGCAAAACAGAAAAAGUGAACUUAACAGAAAUGUCUGCUUCGCUCAUCCUCCAGCCGCCGUUUCACGCAUCCAUUCAAAAUGGGUUACUUCACUUCUUUUCUCAAAGGUCAGAGCUUUGCCGAGGAAAAUGAGAAAGAAAGUGACAAUGGGCAGGACGCGGACCCCACCACCCACAGUAUUGUUGAGCCAAGAAAUUGUUUAUGCCAAUGGAUAAGUCAACUAUGUUCACUGCCCACUUGGUGUCCGAAACCCAGCUGACAACUGAAAUAUUCAAAUGUCAUUUUGCAUUUAUGAUCCGAGAGUAGUUCAAUUCAACUCUUUUAUGAGUUUGUUCUGAUGGGAGGAAGUCGUCACUUCAUCGUCUUAUAUCUCUUUCUCAACGUUCUCCAGCUUCUUGCCCCUGCCUUUUCACUUCCUUUAUGCACAAAUUCAGAAGCCCCCCUACGCCAUAAGGAUCCUUUGAAAUUCUGCCCUUACGAUGGAACUUCUUGCUGCAACCUUGCUGAUGACUCCCGCAUCCAGAAGCACUUUCAACUCAUGAACAUCUCCGACUCUCCCUGUGCUUCUCUUCUCAAAUCUGUUCUUUGUGCUGAAUGUGAUAAAUUUUCGGCAGAGCUUUACAGAAUUAGUUCUGUUCCUAGACAAGUUCCGGUGCUUUGCAACUCAACGGCUUCUUCAAUCUCUAAUGGAACCACCCAAGAAACAAACAGCUUCUGCUCAAAAGUGUGGAGAACUUGCGAAAAAGCAUCCAUAACGAACUCAAUCUUUGCUUCCUCCUUAAAGGGUCAAGUUCCCGCACCUGUAAAGUCCAACAUUACCAAACUAAUAGAUAUCUGGCAGUCUGAAGCAGAUUUUUGUAACGCGUUUGGUGGGUCAUCCCUUGAUGGAUCUGUUUGCUAUGAUGGUGAACCUAUCACCUUAAAUAGCACUGUUCCCAUGAGCCCUCCAUCCGGUCUGUGCCUUGAGAAAAUAGGAAGUGGUGCUUACCUGAACAUGGCAGCUCAUCCUGAUGGUUCCAGUCGUGCUUUUUUCUCAAACCAGCAAGGGAAAAUUUGGCUAGCUACCAUACCUGAGGUUGGCAAGGGAGGAUCAUUGGAGCUUGACGAAAGCAGUCCAUUUGUUGAUCUAAGCGAUGAAGUUCACUUCGACACUCAGUUUGGUUUGAUGAGCAUUGCAUUUCAUCCCAAGUUUACGCAGAACGGACGAUUCUUUGCUUCAUUCAAUUGUGAUAAGCAACAAUGGCCUGGAUGUGCCGGGAGGUGUGCCUGUAACUCAGAUCUCAAAUGCGACCCUUCAAAGCUGCCUCGUGAUAGUGGGGCCCAACCAUGCCGAUAUCAAGCUGUAGUGGCGGAAUUCACUGCCAACGGGACAACUGCCCCGUCUCAUCCUUCUGAGGCGAAAAGUGCCAGUGCAGGAGAAGUCAGAAGGAUAUUUACAAUGGGUCUUCCGUUCACUGCUCAUCAUGCAGGCCAGAUUCUUUUCGGACCUGCAGAUGGAUAUUUGUACUUCAUGAUGGGUGACGGGGGAGGUUCGUCUUCCUCUGAUCGUUACGGUUUUGCACAAAACAAAAAAUCACUGCUCGGAAAGAUCUUGAGGCUUGAUAUCGAUAACAUCCCAAGUGCAACAGAAGUUGCCCGGCAACGUCUAUGGGGGAACUACUCUAUCCCCAAGGAUAAUCCUUACCUGGAAGAUAAAAAACUGCAGCCAGAAAUAUGGGCCCUUGGAUUGCAAAAUCCAUGGCGUUGCAGUUUUGAUUCUGCAAGGCCAUCCUAUUUCAUGUGUGGCGAUGUUGGGAAGGACCAUUAUGAAGAAGUAGAUAUAAUCACAAAGGGUGGGAACUACGGCUGGCACGUGUACGAAGGCCCCUUUCUCUUUACUCCUCCAUCCUCAGGGAGGAAGAACGCAUCUGCAGACUCCAUAAACCCAAUUUUCCCAGUGAUGGGAUACAAUCACAGUGAUGUGAAUAAGAAUGAAGGGUCUGCAUCAAUCGUAGGCGGAUACUUCUAUCGCUCCCUCACCGAUCCUUGUAUGUAUGGAAGGUAUUUGUUUGCUGAUCUUUACGGCAGUGCUAUAUGGGCAGGGACCGAAAAUCCAGAGAACAGUGGAGUUUUCAACACCACCCUGCUAUCCUUCGCGUGCUCUCAUGAUUCGCCAUUGAACUGUAGCCUCGUCCCGGGAAGCUCUUCGCACCCUGCACUGGGUUACGUUUUUUCAUUCGGAGAAGAUAACAACAAGGACGUUUAUGUAUUAGCCAGCAGCGGCGUUUACAGGGUUGUCCCACCUAGUCGGUGCAAGUAUAGCUGCUCAAAGGGAAGCACCAGUGAUGUUCCCGUUCCUACCACGCAUGGCGGCCCUCCUCCUCCUCCUUCCCAGGCAACCCUCUCUCCGGAGUUUCCAAGAAAGUGGGUAAUGUUGUUGUUGUUUCUUUGUUUUCUCUUGGCGUGUUGAGCAGAAAACACAAAAUAAUAAAACAUGUAAGAGAUCAGUACUAUACAAAAGUUUCAUUCAGGUAUUAUACCAAAGAUCUCCUUAUU